GAGCGGGGGAGGUGUGGCGCAAGUUUUGGGCAGCGAGAGACUACUUUAGGAAAACAGCCACACACGCACUCUCCGCAGCUCAUAUGACGGCGCAUUUAUAGGGAUUUCUGCCCCUCUUUGAUUUCUUCCAUGCAAGGGACCAACGAGCUAUACCGUUGUCUACAUGCAUUUAGAAAUUCUAAAUUUCCUGAAAUGUGAGUUUGGAUUCUGGAACGUGAAGCCUACAAGUGCGUAAAGUGGCCAGUGUUAUUUAUUCGGCGAAUGCCCCCCUUCUCUCAGUCUCCUCGUGAAUCAUGUCACGCCGGAAGCAGAAACGACCGCAGCAGCUCGUUAACUCGGACCAGGGGGGCACGCGGAUACUAUCGCACGAUGACCAGCUGUUAGCCAAGUCACCUUCCACGUCUCUGGGCUCCGAACUGACCUUCUCUGGGUCCUCAUCGUCGUCCCCCACCUCCCUCGAAUAUCACCAGCCCCCCCUGGCCCCUCGGUCGUCACCUGGGGGUCUCCACGGACCCUCCCUCCCCAGUGAGAGCUCUUCGCCCCCCCACUGGCCCAGCCACAUCGCCCCCUAUACCACCACCACCUCCCUCCCCAACACCCAUUCAUCCCUCUCUCCAGACUUCCCUCACCCCUCCUUAUCCUCGCAGACGCAAUCCCUGCCACUCAACCUCAAUCAGACAUCGGGCCACUGCCUCUCCCAUCAGGCCCACUCCCACGCCACUAUGACUUCACCACAGAUGGGCAGCUCUGCCACCACCACCACCACUACUUCCUCCUUGUCUUCCUCCCUCCCUCCCCGCCAGGAGAGCACCAGUCCUGGGCAUCAGAAUGGCUCCAGCCCACCGGUGCCGGGGCUAGGCCAGAUCCAGGUGCCCCUGACCCUGGCUGUGGUCCUGGAGGAGCUGAGGGUGCUGCAGCAGAGGCAGAUCCACCAGAUGCAGAUGACUGAGGAGAUCUGUAGGCAUGUUCUCCGGCUAGGAGGUGCCAUCUAUACCCAAGACACCUCCCAGGCUGGUAGUGGAGAGAACCACCAAAGAUCCACAGCAGGAUCCCCCUCCCCAACACACCAUUCCUAUUCAGUACCUGUCCCAUCCUCGGCCUCCCCUCUCCUGGCCUGCCUCCCCUCCCUCCUCCCUCAGCCCACUGUCUCCAAGCCCAGCCUCUCCUCUCACAGUAAUGGGACCAGAGCAUCACAAUCUACCUCGCCCUCCACCACAUGGAGCUCCUCGAUAGCAUCCUCCGUGCAUCCUCUGUCCCUGGGUCUGCCCCCGCGCUACCUCCAUGAGAAAUCCUCCAACACCUCCCCGUUCGGCCACAGUAACGGGGUCAGCUUCCCCACCCCGCCCCUCCCCACCACCAGCCACUCCCAAGACCACCUGCUGCUGUCCAGCUCCUCCUCGGCUGCGUCCUCAUCUGCAGUGCGUCCACAGCAUGCUUGUAAGUUUUGUGGUAAGGUCCUGAGCAGUGAUUCCUCGCUACAAAUCCACCUACGCUCCCACACGGGGGAGAGGCCCUACCUUUGUCCCGUCUGCCUCAGCCGUUUUACCACCCGCGGGAACCUCAAGGCCCACUUCCUCCGCCACCGUGAACAGAACCCGGAACUGUCGCUCUCGCUGCUCCCUCCGGCUCUGGAGCAGCCCGCCCCCGUUGCCACCACCGCAGGCCAGAGACGCAGGAAGCGCCGGGCGGAAGACGAGGAGCCGCCAUUCGGUGGCGUGAAAGGAAUGACAGAAGGAAUGGCGCUCAGUUUCCUGUCCGGGGCGUCUCCUCGGCUUUCCCCUUCAUCUAUGCCUAUGCCACCCAGUAUGGACAUGGCACUGUUGUCCACGGCUCACUCCCUGCUACAGCUGAACAGGGCCUCCGCUGCAGCAGCCAGUGCCUCGAGUAGUGUGUUACCUUCAUCAUCAUCCUCAUCCUCCAUGGGUGGCCAGUUCAAAGGGGUGAAGCAGCAGAGGUUUGAUGAGAACACCCCUCCACACUCCACCAUACAUCCAGGCUCUCCCUACUCCCAGCUGGCCCACUUCCCCAAGAUUCUCUUCCCCGGAGGACCCUCACCCCACCACCUUGCCCUCCUCUAUCCCCCAGGGUCCCACACCACUGCCUCUCAUCUCACCUCCCCCCACACCCAGCUCCCCUACCCUCCCUACUCCAAACCCCAGACGUCCUCGUCCUCCACAACCUCCUUCACCCAAACCUCCGACACCUCAAAGUUGCAGCGGCUGGUCAUGAAACUGGAGAAGCAGCACCAGGGAGGGGGCCAGUCGUCCUCCUUUGGCCCAGCAGACGGCUUUUUCUCAAACAGGGACACCCACGGCCACGACCUGACCACCAACUCCUACCGCAGGGAGAUGAUGGCAGCCCUGGGCCUCAACCCCAACCCUGGGGCCAUGGUGAGCAGCAACAGCCAGGCACAGGAUCUCCCUGGAUCCACCAAUCCCGCCCUGUCUCCUAAUCAGUGUGGGGUGUGCCUGAGGGUGCUCUCCUGCCCCAGGGCCCUGAGUCUCCACCAGGCCACCCACCUGGGUGAACGCCCCUUCCCCUGUAAGCUGUGUGGACGCUCCUUCUCCACUAAGGGAAGCCUGAGGGCCCACCUCGCCACCCACCGCGCCCGCCCGGCCAACUCCCGCACCCAGAACUCUUGCCCUCUGUGCCCGCGCAAGUUCACCAACGCCCUGGUGCUGCAGCAACACAUCCGCAUGCACCUGGGGGGUCAGAUACCCCCGGGGGGAGAGGGGGAGGAAGGUACAAAUAUGGCCCAAGAAGAUCCCACCGAUCUGAGCCAGAUGACCACAGACUCUCGAUCCAAACCCUGCCUCCAAGGCCUCCACCCCCUGGCCUUAACAAUGACCAGCUCCAUCUCUAACCCACUGGUCAGCAACAUGGACUCAGGAGGUCCAGCGACCAAGGAACCCCAUGCAGCUGACCCGAGCCCCCAUAUAGAGGGGGAGUCUGAACCCUCCCCCUUCACGGCCAGCAUUAGCCCACCUCUGACCCAUAAUCCCUCCCCAGAAGACCCCAUGCUCCUGGGGGAAAGAUCUGAGUCUGACGACGGCCCUGCUGGAGCCUCCAUAGAAAACUCGCAAGACUCCCCAGCUGACCUCUCUAACACCAGCCCAAGUAGGCGACCAUCCUUGACCAGCUCCCAGCCCGCCUCAGCGGUGGAGGGUGAUGUAGAGGUGAAGGAAAACGUCCCUCUCGCCCUCUGUGUCCACAGACCGGGUGUGGAUACUGAUAGUAGUCGGUCAGGAAGGCUCACUAACAGCUCUAGGUCGACCACAGAGAACCAGACCAACUCUCCAGAUGGACUCCUCCUCAGCCUUGAAUCUGAAUCCAGCCCGAACUCCCCUGCCACCCUCAACCCCUCCCCCACGCCCACCCUCCCUGCCAGCCAUAAAGCAGCCCAAGAGCCAGCCGCAGCCCAAGAGCCAGCCCCCCAGGCCUCCAGUAUUACCCCACAGGAGCCCAAUCCUGAAGGGGAAAUGGCCCCAUCUGAAGGGGGGAGCGAGGGCACAGCACCCAGUGAUACCUCAUCAGUAAUGGUGCCUGAGAGUGAGAAAGUGACCCCUAGCUCCACAGAGGAGAGUGAUAGGGCUCCAGAGGAACCAGAGGCCUCCCAGCUAGCCACCCCAGCAUCAACGCCCUCCAAACCCUACUCCUGCACUCUGUGUGGGAAGGCAUACGCCAGCCGCAGUGGAUUAAAGGGGCACAUGAAGACACACCCUGUGUUGACCAACGUCCCCGCCGAGACUUCUCCUUCCGCCACUUUGACCAAUGACACUGUGGAGGAUCAGAGUUCUUUCUCAGCCAAUGGGAACAGUGGGGAGCAGGAUGAAAAGGAACGGCUGGCCAAAUCUCCUGAGAAACUCGUUACCUUAGAAGAUCAGCCAAUCACUGCUGGUUCUGGGGAGGAAGCAGAGCAACCUGCGGACACUACUGAGUAAAACGGCAUAUGAUUGGCUGCUGAAUGGUGUCAGCCAAUUUUUUUUUAAAUUAAAGGCCCUGACAAGGGAAUGUAUUUUCAUCACAGAAUUAGAAUUGAUUCCAUAAAGAUUGAUUCUUAUUAUGUGUAAUUUUGCUACUAGUCAGUUGGGUCUAUUUUGUCUAUAAUAAAAUGUUAGAUUGUUGUGAAGUACUAAUUCAGUCAGCAUCUCGGCAUGGUUACGAUACCACCAUCUCAAAGAACACGAAGAGGCCUUAUUUGACGAUACGAUGUCACAGAAUUCUCUUGUAGUGUAACGGCACACAAUGAAGUUUGUGUGUUGGAUCACAAUAGAAUAGAUAAGCAGGGAUGUAUGUUUUAGAGAGCAGCUAGUUCUAGUCAAACAUAUGAAUGAAAUGUCUAUUUGGAAUGGGAAGGAAGUGAAGGAGAAAUAGGUGAAAUAUCACUCUAGGAUAUAUGGUACGAAUGCCAUACCAAGACAGGCUAGUGUAGUAGUGGCAGUUUUCUUGUAUACUGAACAGAAAUAUAAAUGCAACGUGUAAAGUGUUGGUCCCAUCUUUCAUGAGCUGAAAUAAAAUAUCGCAGAAAUGUUUCAUAUGCACAAAAAGCCUAUUUCCCCAAUUUUGUGCGCAAAUUCGUUUACAUCCCUGUUAGUGAGCAUUUCUCCUUUGCCGAGAUAAUUCAUCCACCUGACAGGUGUGACAUAUCAAGAAGCUGAUUAAACAGAAUGAUCAUUACACAGGUGCACCUUGUGCUGGGGACAAAAGUCCACUUCAAAAUGUGCAGUUUAGUCACAACACAAUGCCACAGAUAUCUGAAGGUUUGAGUUUGAGUUUAUUUUAUUUUUACAGGGACAGUGCACAUUAAUCAACGUUUCAGUAAAAGUGCCGGUUCUAGCCAGCCGGCUAAUUUUCAACCGCAGUCCCUGGGCAGGUUAUUAUAAGCGGGGGAGCGUGCAAUUGGUGUGCUGACUGCAGGAAUGUCCACCAGAUCUGUUGCCAGAUAAUUUAAUGUUCAUUUCUCUACCAUACGUUGUUUUAGAGAAUUUGGCAGUAUGUCUAACCGCAGAACACGUGUAACCAUGCCAGCCCAGGACCUCCACAUCUGUCUUAUUCACCUGUGGGAUUGUCUGAGAACAGCCAUCCGGGCAGCUGAUUUAACAGGAGUAUUUCUGUCUGUAACAAGCCCUUUUGUGGGGAAAAAUAAAUUCAAAUUUGCUGGGCCUGGCUCCCAAGUGGGUGGGCCUAUGCCCAGUCAUGUGAAAUCCAUAGAUUAGGGCCUAAUUUAUUUCAAUUGACUGAUUUCCUUAUAUGAACUAUAACUCAGUAAAAUUGUUAGAUGUUGUGUUUAUAUUUUUGUUCAGUAUAUAUAUUAACUGUGGUUGCUAUGUGUAUGUUUAUUUACAUUAUUUUUUUUUUACAGACUUUUCACUUUUUAAACUGUCUUGCUGCUGGACUGUUUCAAUGGAGUUGCACUGGCUUUGUACAUUGCUGUCCAUACAUCCAUUGAAACAGUGAUUAUGAAAAUGUGGAUUAUACUGACGAUGAUUGUUACACUGACCAGUCUGUAUAUACAAUGUAUGUUGGCAAUCCUGGUUCCUGCUGUUAUGAUUGACCAUACAGCAGCAACUUUUAGACAUGAACAACAAUGCGCUAUAUUGGUGAUUGUAAUCGGUUCAUCCAUAAUUGAUUGGAUGUCUCUGCACAGGGAUGUAUUGAAGUAGCCUGGAAUUCAAACAGAUGGUGCUAUGCUUCACUGUUGUGAAGUUUGGGUACCAGGCUAUAAUAAACCAACUGAACCUCCCAAGGACCAGAAUUAAUUAUGUCUGAUAGAUUUACAUCCUCCCUCCAUGUCUUUUGUCUCUCUCUACCUCUAACAUCUCUUUUUCUCCCUCGCUCUCCUCCUUUUCCCUUUCUCCUUGUCUCUGUCCUCCACUUCCCUUUCUCUCCUCCUCCCAUCUCUCUCCCUCCCCUCUCUCCCUCUCUCAAAGCACUUGAGAGUUCAAGUUUUCGGCUGCGUCCUACAUUAGAUUGGUUUAGUUUUUGUACUUUUUUUUAGCCUUUGUAUGGUUUUUCCCAACCAUUGUUUUUGUAGUUAUGAUAACACGUGCUUCCCAUUUUUUGAUGUAAAAAAAUAAUAAAAUGAUGGUGAUGGUGGAAAGAA